UGUUAACCAGAAGGAUGACGUCAUCAAGCUUACCCCGCAAUGUGGGCGGGACCGGGUUCCUCUGUUUUUCGCUCUGCCCUUUGGCAAGAAUCCAAUUGGCUGUCACAGACAAAGUCAUGAAGCCGCGUCAGCCAUCUUUUAUCCGUGCAGUCCAUUACAUUGGUUGAAGUAUAACUUAAAACGCGAAAACGACGAGGUAGAACUGCAACCGCCUGGCCAAAAACAACAUGCCUCGACGACGCCUGAAAAAAAGCUUUGGAAGGAGUAGCUCGAAAACUGCUUUGUUUUGCCCACAGUAAAAAUGCCCGCUCUGUCAAUCACGUGAUAUAGGUCUAACCGGCUAGUAGAGAGUGAUGAUUAUGGCAACAGGAGUGGAGAAAGAGAGAAGAUUGUGACCAGUCGCCGAGCCUUCGUCCAAUCACUAAGCGCCAGCUAGGCUCCGCCCAGAGAGCCCGGCUGUGAAGGAGCAAUAUGGCGGCGCUGUGUGUGGGAUCGCUGAGAGGUGACGCUUAUAGAGGUUAGGGAAGGAAGCGUUUCCAUAGACAGCCCGGCAUCUGAAGAGGAGAGAGAGUCCACCACAUCUUGUGACCGGCCGAUGUGGAAGUAGUUAUCUGGAGUCAGAAUGGACAAGAUUUUGGAAGGCUUGGUGACUUCCAACCAUCCCCUGAACCUGAAGAAAGUUAUUGUUAAAAAGGUUGUUGAGUCUGCUGAAAACUCUAUCAACGAGGAGCAAUGCAAAGCUAUGUUCAGUCUCACCACUCGCUUAAUACUGGAAGGAGAGGACUAUUUUCAAAAGCAAGUCGGGCACCAGGUUUUGGAAGCCUAUGCAAGAUAUCACCGCGCUGAGUUUGAAAACUUUUUCAAUAGAAACUUCGUUCUGACCCUCUUGCAAGAAGGCUAUAUAUCUUUAGACCGGAAAGAUGUAGCUAUUAUUGACUAUAUUCAUAGUGGGCUCAAGUUGAUUAUGAGCUGCCCAUCUGUUUUAGACAUAUUUGCUGUUUUGCAAGUAGAAGUAUUGAGACUGGUAUGUGAAAGACCGGAACCAUUGUUAUCGGCUAAGUUAAGUGAACUACUCAGUGACUUUGUGCAAUGUGUGCCCAAAGGGAAAAUGUCCAUUGCCUUUUGCCAACAGCUUGUUAGGACAAUUGGACAUUUUCAGUGUAUCUCUACAUCGGAAAAGGAGUUAAGGGAGUAUGUUUCUCAAGUUACCAAAGUUAGUGGUUUGCUGCAAAAUAUCUGGAAAGCUGAGCCAUGCACUUUACUCCCAUCUUUGCAAGAAGUGUUUGCAAUUAUUUCUUCCACAGAUGCUUCAUUUGAACCAUCUGUUGCUCUGGCAAGCCUUGUGCAGCACAUUCCCUUACAGAUGAUUACUGUUCUCAUCAGAAGUUUGACCACGGAUCCCAAUGUGAAAGAUGCAAGCAUGACUCAGGCUCUCUGCAGGAUGAUUGACUGGCUUUCCUGGCCUCUAGCACAGCAUGUGGAGACAUGGGUGAUUUCUCUGCUGAAGGGACUGGCAGCAGUCCAGAAAUUUACUAUUCUAAUUGAUGUCACUUUGCUCAAAAUCGAACUGGUGUUCAACAGACUGUGGUUUCCACUGGUAAGGCCUGGAGCAUUGGCCGUGCUCUCCCACAUGCUGCUUAGCUUCCAGCAUUCUCCAGAGGCUUUCCAUAUGGUUGUGCCACAUGUUGUCAACCUGGUUCAAUCUUUUAAAAGUGAUGGCCUCCCUUCCAGUUUAGCGUUCCUUGUCCAGUUUUCUGAACUGAUGCACUGCAUGAUCUAUCAUUAUUCUGGAUUUCCAGACCUUUAUGAACCUAUCUUGGAAGCUCUUAAGGACCUGCCAAAGCCCUCUGAAGAGAAAGUCAAACUCAUAUUAAACCAAAGUGCCUGGACAUCGCAAUCCAAUGCUUUGGCAUCAUGUUUACCCAGGCUAUCAGGGAAGUCUGAAACUGGAAAAACCGGUCUCAUUAAUCUAGGGAAUACCUGUUACAUGAACAGUGUUCUACAAGCACUUUUUAUGGCUACAGAUUUCAGGAGGCACGUGUUGUCACUGAAUAUGAAUGGGUGCAAUUCACUAAUGAAAAAGCUGCAGCAUCUCUUUGCUUUCUUGGCACACACUCAGAGGGAAGCUUAUGCUCCUCAGAUUUUCUUCGAGGCUUCUAGACCACCUUGGUUUACACCACGAUCCCAGCAGGACUGCUCGGAGUACCUCCGCUUUCUUUUGGACAGGCUACAUGAAGAAGAGAAGUCAUUCAGAGUUCUGUCCUCAAAGCCUGCUGCUGAUCCAAUGGUUACUGAUGGUAGCGUACAGUCAUCAGCAUCUGGAGAGACAGACGUCUUUCCUCAAGUGCAGAAUGCAUGGUGGGGUUGUGAAGAGAAAACGCUAAUAGAGGGCAUGUUUGGAGGGAAACUACAGACUAGCAUUUGCUGCCUGAACUGCAGAAGCACUUCUCAGAAGAUGGAAGCCUUCACUGACCUUUCUCUGGCCUUUUGUCCAUCUGAUAAACCUGUGCAAAGCAUGAUCUGCUCCCCAAAGGAGAAAGAUGAUGAUUGCAUAGAGAUAGAUGUUGCCCCAUCUAGUGACGCUCAGAGUGUUUUUCUUCAUUCAGCACAAGAAGGUAAUGUAGAGUCCACUGAACUAAAGUUUACCGUCAGCGAUCUUCAGUCCAGUAGUAACACCUCGGUGGAUGCAUCAGCAUAUAACAACACAUUGCAGCCUGACGGUGACAUGUGUCAAAAGGCUGAUAAGGAUGAAGCGCUUUCUGUUACGGACUUGUUGAGCUAUUUCCUAGCACCAGAGAUACUUGAUGGGGAAAAUCGAUAUCAUUGUGAAAAAUGUACUUCCCUCCAGAAUGCCGAGAAGACUAUGCAUAUAAUAGAAGAACCAGAAUACCUCAUUUUAACUCUAUUAAGGUUUUCAUAUGAUCCUAAAUGUCACGUGAGACGCAAAAUCCUGGAUAAUGUGUCCAUUCCACUGGCACUUGAAUUGCCAGUUGAAAGAUCUACCUCGGUAGCUUGUUCUGGAGAUGGAAGUCUAGAUGCAGAUGUUCCUGAUGUUAGUGAGAACCUGGCUAAAAAGCUGAAGCCAUCUGGUAUUGAAGAUCUAUGCUGCACACAGCUUGUCCCUUAUGUUCUAAGCUCCAUUGUGGUCCAUUCUGGUACCUCUUCAGAAAGCGGCCAUUACUACUCAUAUGCAAGGAAUGUCACCAGUGCAUCACGAUAUCUUUGCCAUGAGAAACCUUACCAAGGUCAUUUAGUGAGCAAAGAGACCUGUAACUCAGUUGCUGGAAAUGACACUGCGUGUAAUGACAUGUCUAAAGAAUGGUUUUUGUUUAAUGACAGCCGAGUGACAUUUACUUCAUUUCAGUCUGUUUUAAAUAUCACCAACCGUUUUCCAAAGGACACAGCUUAUGUGCUGUUAUAUAAAAAGCACAGUUGUGCUGAUGCGAGUAAUGUGCAUCCUAGUUCAGUAAAUGGACUUUGGGUAAAUGGGGAACCACCUCUUCAGAAGGAGCUGCUGGAUGCCAUUACAAAGGACAAUAAGCUCUACUUACAGGAACAGGAACUUAAUGCCCGUGCCCGAGCUCUACAAGCAGCAUCUGCUUCCUGCUCUUUCAGGCCCAAUGGAUUUGACGACAACGACCCUCCAGGAAGUUGCGGACCGAGUGGCGGGGGUGGAGAUGGAGGUUUCAGCACCAUCAGCAGACUUGUCUUUUAAAAAAAAAAAAAACAACAAAAUAUAUAGUGUCCAGUAUGCACUGAUGACUAAACCACACUGGACAUUUUGACUAUGUACUCCAAUCUCUUUUUCACUUCUCCAAAGUGUUGACAUAUCACAUUUUCCUUAAAACACCAAUAUAAUGAAUAGGCAGCUUAUAAUUUAUACUGGCGGAGAUAAUACAUGUGAUUUGAUACACACCAACAUUUGUUUCCCCACAAUGCCUUGAACUGGCUAAGCAAAGAAAAUUGUAUACAGUGAUGCUGUCAUGUAACAACUGGUGUGAUAACGCACAGAUGAUUUUGUUCCCCAUAUGUAAAUUUGGCCAGAGAUAGUAUUAUAUAUGGAACACAUUGUUCUGUGUUUCAUUUUUUCAAAUGCAUUGAAAGUUUUAUGGUGCAACAUAUGCACAAAGCAAUAACUGUCUUCAUUGUGCUCAAGUUCGGGUAGGGGGGUUGGGGGUUGUCCACUAAAAGCUACAUAUAAGCAUCAGAGGAUGUAUGUAUAUAAUCUGUGACAUCACUUUUUAAAAAGAUUGCAUGAAAUUCUACAGUUUUUAACCAGAAAAAAAAAUGCCAACUUUAUAGUAUUUCUAAGUUGUCUCAGAAUUUUUAAAAAUUCUAUUUCAGGGAUUACAUCUGCCGUGUAUAAAUGAGGGAAGAUUAUGUAUGUGCCUUGCAGUCCUGUAAAUGAAAAAUGAGAUCCCUUUGGAUUGUAGAGUGUAUUAUGUAUUCUACAUUGUCAAUAUUAAGAGUUGCACCUUGAACUUAUUUUAUUGCCAGAGGGGGAAAAAAAAAAAAGCAGCGGUUCCAUAAAUUCCUUUUAAUGGGC